GCAGCCCGUGUAAAAACAUUAACAUCCGGCGGCAUCAUCACCUCGGAGAACGUUUAGCUAGGUAGUUGUGCCUCGUAUUUUAUAUUUGUUCAUUUCACACAGCGACAAAAAUGCCAACACUGUGUUCAGCAUACAACUGCAAAAAUCGCGGUCCCAAAGCUGAUGUAGGAUUUUUUAGCUUCCCCAAAAAUGACCCUGAAAGACGCAAGCGAUGGAUUAUUAAUAUGAAGUGGAAAGACUGGAAUCCGCAACACCACCACCGUGUGUGCUCCAUUCACUUUGAAGACAAGUACAUUUGCCGGAUGGACAAACGUCAACGUCUCACGCCAGACGCAGUCCCGACCAUUUUUGACUUCCCAGAGAAUUUUCAAAAGAAGAAGGCAUCCAUCCACCCACAGAGUAGAAGAGCCAGGAGUGAUGGGUUGCCAGAGAAGUAUACUGCUGCCCAUGCUGUUACAGUGGCUGAACCAGUCACAACACCAAGCCCCACCAUCACAUCAGAGACAAGCAAGUCGGCUAAAGACAAUGCUAAAGCUCCAGAAAAAGUUACCUCUUCAAGUUGGUAUAUCCAUGUAGAUGAAGAAAUCCAAAUGGCUGAAUCCCUCCCAGGUUUCUUCCACAGUGAUUACUGUCUACCACACAGUAUUCGCUGGGGAUUCAAAGAUGAUGUUGCCCCGAAGGUGGCAUGUGAGAACAUGGAGUUCCAACUUCCACCUCUCAAGCACAUAAUAGAGAUCACAGAGGCAUGGGAGUGGCUGGGUAUGGACAUUAGAGGGCCACUGCCCCUAACACCGAACGGACACCAGUACGUUCUGACCUUGACAGACUUCUACUCCAAAUGGGUGGAGGCCUUCCCCCUGAGAGGUUGUAGCUCUACUGAGGUAGCACAGCAUGUAGCUGAAGUCAUCUCUCACUUUGGAUUCCCUUUUGGAAUCCUUGUUCGACUAAAGAGGAAGUUUACCAGUAAGAUCAACCUUGCCUUAAACAGUCAUCUGAAGCUGAGGGGGUUCUCUCUCUUAUACCGUCAUCGGCAAGUUGGAUCACUGGAUCUGGCCACACAGACCCUGAUCAGCAGGAUGGUGUCUGAUCUUGUGAAGGACCAUCCAGACAACUGGGAUGUCUGCCUCCCUGCAAAGGUGUUCAGCCUGUGUUUCAAGGAGCACCCCAAGACCAAGCAGAGACCUUUCUCUCUGCUGUGCUGCAAAGGACCACAGCCGGUCACCACCCCUAGGGAUCUGUCUGUACGUUUACUCUGUAGUUAUAGCUUAACUUUUAUCAUAAUGGAUUGCAUUUCAAUUGAAUGGGUGUGUUUCUGCCUGUCCUUUUUAUAUUUCCUACAGUUCAGUCCUGCAGAGCUCAGAGAGAGUUCCUUUGCAAUCCAGUCAAAUCAAGAGGGUGGGCAUGACACUGAUCCGCAAGACAUCGUUGGCAUUGAAUCUGGAAAGGAAACAGCUGGAAAGAGCACUGUUACAAGAGUCUCCUUUUUAAGAAGCAACACCGAGAGUAACAACAACACUGACGGUAACACAUAUGGUAACCCGGACAUUCGCACGGAGGGUAACCCCGACGGUAUCACGGAGGGUAACCCCGACGGUAUCACGGAGGGUAACCCCGACGGUAUCACGGAGGGUAACCCCGGCGGUAUCACGGAGGGUAACCCCGGCGGUAUCACGGAGGGUAACGCCGGCGGUUGCACGGAGGGUAACGCCGGCGGUUGCACGGAGGGUAACGCCGGCGGUUGCACGGAGGGUAACGCCGGCGGUAGCACGGAGGGUAACGCCGGCGGUAGCACGGAGGGUAACGCCGGCGGUAGCACGGAGGGUAACGCCGGCGGUAGCACGGAGGGUAACGCCGGCGGGAGCACGGAGGGUAACGCCGGCGGGAGCACGGAGGGUAACGCCGGCGGUAGCACGGAGGGUAACGCCGGCGGUAGCACGGAGGGUAACGCCGGCGGUAGCACGGAGGGUAACGCCGGCGGUAGCACGGAGGGUAACGCCGGCGGUAGCACGGAGGGUAACGCCGGCGGUAGCACGGAGGGUAACGCCGGCGGUUGCACGGAGGGUAACGCCGGCGGUUGCACGGAGGGUAACGCCGGCGGUUGCACGGAGGGUAACGCCAACAGUGAGCGAUCCUCUGAAGAACAUCAUGCCAUGGAAAACUGAAUAAUUGAUUGGAUGAGCGCUCUAUCGGGGGUGUAGUUUUUAUUUUUAUCAUUUUGAUUAGAAACACUUGUCUUAUGGUUGUUUGGCUGGUGUACUGGGUCAUGAUUGUUACACAGGCGGAUGAUAGGAGUUUAUGAACCAACUGGAUCAAUUCAUAAUCAGUCAAAACAUAAUGCAUAGCAGCAUAGAUGAUGGAAUAGUGAUAAGCUUAUCCUAAAAGCAAUGUCUUUAUUUUUCACUGUAAACUUUUUUUUUCUUCCAGUAAAUGAAUCCAAACAUG